UGAAGCGACAGCACUACCUACUGCGCCAGUGCCUCGCCCAUCAAACUGAAAUUUUUAUAUAAAUUUUAAAGUCAAAGUUAAAGUCAACCUAACAAUAAACAUGUCCUCUUCUACACAAACUUCUAAACAUGUCUGUUAAUUUAUUUUUAUCUAUUUAUUUAGCCUUUACGUCAUCGCUUUACAGCCAGUAGUGACUGUAUUACUCCACCUGCUGUUCUGCCGACCGUCAUAAAGCAAGAAGGAGAAACAAGGAAUGGUCCAAUGUCAACUAACCUAGACGCCCAAUCUGAUGAACUGCUUGCUCUUGCAAGCAUUUACGAUAAAGAGGAAUUUUUCAGGACAGAAUCAAGUCAGAAGGGCGAGAUCCAUCUGUGCCUUGAACUUCCUUCUGACUUCAGACUACUAGUAAGAGGAAAGACAUGUGUAGAGGUUGAUAUUUCCUUUUUGCCGUCCACUAUUCUGAGUUUUGAACUGCCGACUGACUAUCCUUCAUCAUCUGCUCCAGUCUUUACUCUGAGCUCCAUAUGGCUUUCAAGAGUCCAGAUCACAGCUCUUUGCAAGAGACUGGAUGAACUUUGGGAAGAGAACAGGGGCAAUGUGGUUCUUUUUACCUGGAUCCAGUUCCUAAAGGAAGAGACUCUGCAGUUUCUGAACAUCCAGUCCCCACUCGAGAUCCAAACCAAUGGUGUCCAGCCUCAGUGUGAGUCUGCUGAGAGCCAAGCAGCAGACACUGCUGUAGAAGAGCUGGACCAGCGAGCAGUUCUAGAAGCCGAUCCUCACAGUGAUAUAUUAACCCAGCUGCUGGAUUUUAAUGAAGCUCAGAAGAAGAAGGUGUUUGAGGCCACAGUUUUUAGCUGUGGAAUUUGCUUUUCUGAGAACCUGGGCUCCAGCUUUGUGCUCUUCAAUGAGUGUCAGCAUGUGUACUGCAAGACCUGUGUUAGGGAUUACUUUGAGAUCCAGAUUAAAGAUGGCAAAGUCCAGUUUCUUUCCUGUCCUGAGGCAGAGUGCACCUCCCUGGCUACUCCUGCACAGGUGAAACUUCUCGUGAGCUAAGAAGUUUUUGCUCGCUAUGAUCGGCUCCUCCUGCAGUGGAGUCUGAACCUAAUGACUGAUGUUGUUUAUUGCCCUCGCAAAAGCUGCGGCAUGGCUGUGAUGGUUGAGCCUGACCGGACCAUGGGCAUCUGCCCCUCAUGCAAAUUUGUUUUCUGCACCCUCUGCAAUCGAGUAUACCACGCCCUCUCUCUCUGCAAAGAAAUACAAAUGGAGAACGAGCGACAUGAAAAUCAAAGUAAAGAGGAUGAAAUAUGGGUGAAGCAAAACUCUAAACAGUGUCCAACAUGUGGUGUUAAAAUACAGAAAGAUAUGGGCUGCGACAUGAUGACCUGCAGCUCCUGUCAGCAGUAUUUCUGCUGGAUCUGCGUUUCACCUCUCAAGAAAAAUGACCCCUACAGCCACUUCAGAGACGAGAAAUCUCCAUGCUUCAACCAGUAAUGCAUGGUCAAUAAUGGUUAGGUUGAUAACUGAAACUAAAAUAAGGCACUUCUUCAUGUAUUACUUCUACAAUCCAUCCAUCCACUCCUACAGGGCUGUGUUUUACUCUGGAACAAAAGUGUAGACAAGAAGAACCUUCCUGUGUCGGUGCAUGGAGGAGUUCAAAACACGCUACCACAACUGAUUUGUACUGAUAACAACAAAUCCUACACCUGCACUGUCGCCUCACAGCAAGAUGGUGGCUGGUUGGAGUCCCCUGUGGAGUUUGCAUGUUUUCCCCAUGUUGGCGUGGGGUUCCUCAGGGUGCUUCGAUUUCCCCAACAGUCAAAAGCCAUGCACUAUAUGUGAAUUGGGAAAAUAAAACAGCCGUAACGUUU